AUGAUAUACCUCCUAACCACUAUUCUUGCUGUCGCGGCUGCGUCGCCUGCACUUGCAGAUUUCACUAUUUAUAUUGGAAAGAGUAACGAUAUAACCGACGUAGGCGUCACUUUCAGCUCAACGGAAAUGCAAGUCCACGAUCACGCACCGCUUAGUUGCUCCGACAUGGGUCAUGUGGUACCUAUCUCGGCCAGCAGUAAUAACGAUGCUAGUAAGGGUCGAUGGGCAUGCGAUGGAUGCAGCGCAAAAGCACCGAGAGACUGGGUCAUCGAUCGCUUUGAAAUGUAUAAUAAGGAUGAUGCUGUCGGUCACUCGACAGAACAUCCGGUUCCUCUAUUUAAUCGAUCGACAGGAGCGGUCACCUUAUACGCAGCUGGAAACAACAACUACGACAUGAGAGAUAUCAACAAUACCUUCCUUGGUACCUGCAACCGCCCAACCCACCCCCAAGAGAUGGACUGCUGGCAGCUUAUCUCCGCUACUUUUAUGACGCAUGUUUUCAGUUGUACAAGUGAUCUUGUCCCGAAUGACGACUUAUGGGUACAAGACGAAUGA